AUGCAAAUUUAUGGUGGUUACAGGUUGACAGAGGAACAAGUCAAAGCAUGGUGCCACUCUCAGGGCACGGAUCCGCAACCUGGCACCUAUAUUGUGGUUAUCAUGCGGUACCUUACAGCCAACCACAUCCAGAUCGACGUACUGCCAUGCGAUUACGAAGGGGAAUGUAUCCAUCUUGUUGUGACAGACAAGAAAGCCGAUUACGACGCCACGCCUGAUAAGUACGAGCAGUUACAAGAGAGCGACAGGGCGCGCGCGAUCAAGCAGAAAGUGCUGGAUCAGGGAUUCGAUUCGGCCGAUUUUGUCACUGUUCCUGAUCCUUACAAAGUGUGGCAAGGCUGGUAG